UUUCCGGCGCCGGGAUCUGGAGGCGGAACUGGGAACGCCUGGGUUUUCUGUGGGAGGUGUGUGGCCCGGGGGCGGGACUGGUUACUCGAGCCGCUAGGCUCCCGGGUCGAGCGCGGGACUCUGAGCGGGCGGGGCCCGAGCCCGGUGGCAGAGGCCGAAGGGGGUGCGCCCUACUGGGAGGUGCUGGGGGGAUCCCGGGCACUUGCUGCGCCGUCCGCCCCUCCGCCUCUCAGCUCCGCGCAGGCGAGGCUGCUGGGGACGGAGCUCGGGGCUCCGGCCGGGUCUGCGUUCCCGCCUGCCGCAUCCAGCCGAGCGACCCUGGAGUGUGUGUCCAGAUGCUGGCCUGGCUGCCACAGGGAAUCCCUCUGGGAGACUGAAGGCAGGCUCCUGGGCCCAGGUUGAAGCUGACCAGUCCUGAGCCUUAGGCCAGGGGAAUGGCAGCUCCCCCGGAGCCUCAGGACCAGACCUCUGGGGAGGGAGAAGGGCUUCUGAUCGUAAAGGUGGAAGAUUCCUCCUGGGACCAGGACUCUGCCCAGCAAGAGGAUAGCAAGGAUUCCGAGGCCUGCCGCCAGCGCUUCCGGCAGUUUUGCUACAAGAAUGCAGGUGGACCCCAUGAGGCCUUCAGCCAGCUCUGGGAGCUCUGCUGCCGCUGGCUGCGGCCUGAGCUGCACACCAAGGAGCAGAUCCUGGAGCUGCUGGUGCUGGAGCAGUUCCUGAGCGUGCUUCCUGGGGGUGUCCAGGACUGGGUGCGAGAGCGGUGCCCGGGGAGUGGCGAGGAAGCCGUUUCUUUGGUGGAGGACCUGCAGAAGCAGCCAGUGAAAGCAUGGCCGCAGGAUGUGCCCUCAGAGGAGGUAGAACCUGAGGCUGCAGUCCAGGGAUCCCAGGCCAAGGGGCCUCCCCUGAAGGCAGGGGAGCGAAGCCGGCCACCUGUACUCUGGGAGCAGCACAGCCAUGGUGCCCAACUGUCUGCUCUUCUUAAAGAGGGGAAUACCAAACAGAUGACGAAUGCCUGCUUUGCCUCUGGGGUCCAUGGACCUGUGACAUUUGGUGACAUUCCCUUCUAUUUUUCCCGGGAAGAAUGGGGGUCCCUGGACCCUGCUCAGCGGGAUCUCUUCUGGGACAUAAAGCGGGAGAACACCCGGAACGUUGCCCUGGGUUUGGGGCUUAAGAGCCAAAGUGAGGGUUCCCGGCUGGAGGAGGCUGUGAUGGCGCUCCCGGGCCAGGCGGGCAGCGACGUGACUGUGGCCUGGAGUCCUGAGGAGGCCGAGACUUGGGAGAGCGAGGACCGGCUGGGGGCGACCAUCGGGCGGGCAGCGGGGGCGCGGCGGGGGCGGCCGCCCACGCGCCGGCGGCAGUUCCGGGACCUGGCAGCUGAGAAGCCACAUAGCUGUGGCCAGUGCGGCAAGCGCUUCCGCUGGGGCUCCGACCUGGCACGCCACCAGCGCACGCACACGGGCGAAAAGCCACACAAGUGUCAGGAGUGCGAGAAGAGCUUCCGCAGCUCCUCGGACCUGGUGCGUCACCAGGGUGUGCACACGGGCCAGAAGCCCUUCUCUUGCUCCGAGUGUGGCAAGAGCUUCAGCCGCAGCGCCUACCUAGCCGACCACCAGCGCAUCCACACCGGCGAGAAGCCCUUCGGCUGCAGCGACUGCGGCAAGAGCUUCUCGCUGCGCUCCUACCUGCUGGACCACCGGCGUGUGCACACGGGCGAGCGGCCCUUCGGCUGCGGCGAGUGCGACAAGAGCUUCAAGCAGCGCGCCCACCUCAUCGCCCACCAGAGCCUGCAUGCCAAAAUGGCCUAGCCUAUGUAUGGGGCGAGGGCUGCGAUGAGGGUUGGAGGGGUCUCCCCUGGGGCGAAGCAGCAUCAUGGCCACCACCCUCCAUUGCCACCAUCUGCAGCCACCACCCUGCUGCCUGCCCUGCCCUGCCCCAGGACCUGGCCAACACUCCCAAGGAACAGAAAUCCCCUAUGAUCUCCUUGCCAUUCUUCCUGCUGUGGGGGGUUUUCUUGCCCUCUGACUUCCUGGAGCCCCAACACAUUCCUGGCCAGUGGCCUUAGCGUGGGGAAAGGCUGGGGCAGCAAGGAAGUGUGAGGACUCAGGCAGGGGUUGGGGUCCCCCAUCCAAGAACUCCCGCCCUCAGCCUUGCUUGCCCCAUGGCUCUUUGUUCCCCACCUUCUUGACUGGGUUCAUGGGCCAGGCCCUCUGCCCUGCCAACCUGUGCCUUCCUGCAGGGGUGGAGGACAGGCCUUGACCACCAGGGGCUGCCAGGCUCUGGGACAGACAGCCCACAUCUGUGAGGACCUGGGUCCUGAGUGCAGCCAAAAGGGCUUUCUGGCCUCCACCCCCUCCCAUUUCCAGGCCAUGACUACUCUGCCCUGUCCUGCUGACACAGAAGUGGCCUGCCACCACUCUCCACUGACUUGCCCCUAGGUGAGUCCUUGAGAGUCACCCCUUGCUGAGGUUAGUGGUGGCUCCAGGGACAGGAGGCAGACUGUGCAAACCAAGAACAGAGCUGAUAGAAGCCAGCGGCUCCCACCUUUUCCUCCUCCAGAGGCAUGGGGUUUAUGGUACUUAACACUAGCACUCCGUCAGCACUUUGUUGCUGACUCCUUAGGCACUGCACUCCAUGGUGUUGUGUGCAUCAUCUGCAGAUGGGCAUUCACAGGGACACACCACAGGCUCUCCAAAGGAGCUCUGUCCAGCCUGCCUCAAAGGGGCAGCAGAGGGCUUGAAUAAACAUGGAAACUUCC